GCCCGUAGCUACGCUACCGAGGUACCAAAGGGAGGUUCGUCAAACACCCUCCUGUACGCCGCCGGAGCUGCUGGUCUCGCCGGUGCGGGAUACUGGUAUUUUGCCGGUGCUGGCGUCGCCGCUGCCGCCACCGCCAACAAGGCUGCUGGAGGAGAUGCUUCUUCCAAAGCUCCGCCCAAGCCUGCCUUGACCGGAGACUUUGUCUCCCUCAAGCUGGCCGAGGUCGAGGAUGUCAACCACAACACCAAGAAGUUCCGCUUCGAGCUUCCGGAGCCUGACAUGGUGUCUGGCUUGACCGUUGCCAGUGCCGUCCUGGCAAAGUACAAGGACUCCCGCGGCCACCUCGACCUCCUGGUCAAGGCCUACCCCAACGGUCCGAUGAGCAACCACAUCCACAACCUCCAGCCCGGUCAGACCCUCGACAUCAAGGGUCCCCUCCCCAAGUACGCCUGGACCGAGAACAAGCACGACCACAUCGCCCUCGUGGCCGGCGGCACGGGCAUCACCCCCAUGUACCAGCUCAUCCGCGCCAUCUUCAACAACCCGGCCGACAAGACGAAGGUCACCCUCGUCUUCGGCAACGUCACCGAGGAGGACAUCCUUCUCAAGAAGGAGCUCCGUGAGCUCGAGAACCGUUACCCCCAGCGCUUCAGGGCCUUUUACGUCCUCGACAAACCCCCCUCCGGCUGGUCCGGCCACUCUGGCUUCAUCAACAAGGAUCUCCUCAAGACCGUCCUCCCCGAGCCCAAGGAGUCCAACAUCAAGGUCUUCGUCUGCGGUCCCCCGGGCCUCAUGAACACCAUCUCCGGUAACAAGGUCAGCCCCAAGGACCAGGGUGAGCUCACCGGCCAGCUCAAGGAGCUCGGCUACAGCCCUGACCAGGUCUACAAGUUCUAG